CCCACCCACCACUUCCACUGCACCCUCUCUUCUCAGCCACCAUCUCCUCCUCCUCCUUGCCAUCUCUCCCUGUCUUCAUGGCCUCAGCCUCAGCCCUCUCCCUCGGCACGCCCUUCGCGCUGCGGCAGAGCGCCGGCGUGAGCCUGCGCGCCCUGCCCAAGCUGGGCCGCUCCCUCUUCGGGGUGGACGCCGGGCGGGGCCGGGUGACCGCCAUGGCCGUCUACAAGGUCAAGUUGCUGACGCCAGAGGGAGAGAAGGUGAUAGAAUGCCCCGACGACGUGUACAUCCUGGACGCAGCGGAGGAGGCGGAGAUCGAUCUACCCUACUCGUGCCACGCCGGCUCCUGCUCCUCCUGCGCCGGCAAGGUGGUGCAGGGUUCGGUGGACCAGUCCGACGGCAGCUUCCUCGACGACGACCAGAUCGGCGCCGGCUUCGUGCUCACCUGCGUCGCCUACCCCACGUCCGACGUCGUCAUCGAGACCCACAAGGAGGAAGACCUCGUCGGCUGAGUCAUACGUAUAAGUAUUAUACUUUGAGCUGUUACUGGUACAGCCACACCCAUCUCUCUCUCUCUCUCUCUCUCAUAAGAAGCUCUUAAAUAUGUACUUCUUUUCUUUAUUGUCUCUGGGAAUUAAAAGUUUAUCAUUGUCAUUAUUA